CACGCCCAAUCCGCAUUAAAACAUUCCAGACUGCUCUUGCUGCUGCUUACCGUUGCUCAAUUGCACGUGCUGUCUCUCUGCAUCGACAUAGCCGGCGACCAUGCUCUUCUUCAGUUUCUUCAAAACGCUCGUCGAGCACGAAAUUACCGUCGAGCUCAAGAACGAGGUACAGAUCCGCGGGACGCUUAAGAGCGUGGAUCAGUACUUGAACAUCAAGCUGGAUAACGCCGAAGCUGUCGACGAGAUGCGGUGGCCACAUCUUUGCUCGACAAAAGACAUGUUUAUCCGAGGCUCCGUUGUCCGCUACGUACAUCUUCCCUCCGGUGCCGUUGAUACUGCGUUGCUCGAGGACGCAACAAGGAGAGAGGCAGAGGCUGCGAAAAAUAAGGCAAAGUGAAGCAGUUGAUCACAAGAAGACGUGUAGUCACUGUAUCGUUGCGGGCACCGUGGGAUGAAGCGCCAGGUGAUACGAAGAAAGCGGCGCACAUGCGACCAGUCGCCACCCAGGGUAGUUCGCAACAGCGAGAGGGCCGCAUGGGAAUCGCGUAGAAAGAGAAGUGGACAAACCAAGGGCUAAUUGCGCUCUUGAAUUCCCACUUGAUAACUUGCGGAUUAUACCCCCGGGAACAACAGAUUCAUGUCAUUUCAUGGUCUCAAAUCCUAUCUGAAUAUAUUCUAGUUUUUGUCUCAUAGACUUUUUGUCGGUGCAGCCACUCCAAUCUACUAAUCGCCUUUUUAUGAGAGUAAUCUACGCUUUCCUUCCUUUCAGCUGUGGCUGCCCCCCUACCCUCCACAUCACUAGCAAUUAGUAGAAUUCCGGUAAAUUGCGUCAUU